CACUUUGCCGAAAACUGUUCCUUGAGUUUGUGGAUUGUUGAUCUUUAUUUUCUUAGCCUUUAUUCAAUUAUUUUAGAGUGAUAAUGAGUAAAUAAUGGAAUACAAAGAUAUGAUGAUAUACAAGUAACUCAUGAAAAACGGAGUAGAGUGACUCGAUAACAAUUGGAGAUGUAUAAGUCAUGUAACACGUAAUCAUUUGGAAUAUAACCUCAUUUCUCACCACUAUUCACAGAAAUUUGUAUAAAAAGUCAGUUUUUAAACAAAAAUGAGGAAAUUCAGGCGAGCUCAGGCGGAAAAUCAAGCAGCCAUUCAAAAACAUUUAGUUGCAAAUGAUUUGUUGGAUUCCUCCAGUGAAGAUGAAGAAAAUGGAAACGUGUUAGAUGAAGCCGUAGACAAAGUUUUGUCUCUGUACCAGGUCGAAGGUGGUGAUACACAGAAGACACUUUCGUAUUUAAGCGACGUGUUGCAAUCUGGAGGAGCAAUUUGCCUAAUUUGCAUUUCGUCUGUGAAGAAAACGGAUGCGAUAUGGAACUGCGUUAAGUGCUUUACUUUCAUGCAUUUACCUUGCAUUCAACAUUGGAUACGCGACAGUUUAAGUUACAAACGGGAAAAGGGAAUCACUCCUCAAUGGGCUUGUCCGAAGUGCCGAACCGAUUACCAAGAAAACGAAGUGCCAACCAAGUACCUUUGCUUCUGUGGAAAUUCAGUGGACCCAGCCUACCAACCCUGGUCGAUUCCACACUCCUGUGGCGAAACUUGUGGCAAAUUACUUCAACCAAAUUGCGGACACAAAUGUGUUCUUCUCUGUCAUCCAGGACCCUGCCCUCCUUGUCCAAAAACCAUAUCUGCAAAAUGCUUCUGUGGCAAAGAACCAGCACGUCCUCGUCGUUGCAACGCCAAAGAGUGGAGUUGCGGGAGCAUCUGUGGAAGAAGCUACCAAACCUGCAACCACAGCUGUCAGGAAGAAUGCCACAAAGAAGAUUGUCCUCCAUGUACCGAAAAUGUGCUCGCUUCCUGCAAUUGCAACUCAAAAAGCGAGCCUCGACCUUGCAACCAAUCCACCUGGUUUUGCGACAAACCCUGUGGUCGUCAAUUUCCCUGCAAUGUACAUAUCUGCGAAGGUGUUUGCCACAAACUGGGUGACUGCAAAGGCUGUCCCAUUGAAAAAAACAGAACGUGUCCCUGUGGAAAAAAGAAAUAUGCCGUUUCUUGCAAACAGGAACUUGUUCCGACUUGUGGUGAUACCUGCGGUAAGCUUCUAGACUGUGGUCGCCAUGAUUGCAACAUGAGAUGCCACACGGAAAAAUGUGGACAGUGUCUGGAAAUGGUGAUCAAAACCUGUCGCUGUGGUAGCUUCCAGAAAGAGAUGGCUUGUACGAAAGAAUUCCACUGUAGUAGGAAAUGCACCCAGUGGAGACUUUGCGGAAGACAUUAUUGCAAUAAAAAAUGUUGCGACUGCUUGAUCAAAAAUACGUUCAAUGUCUGCGAGAAACUUUGUGACAACCAGCUGAAUUGUCAGAAGCACAAGUGUGCGGCUCCUUGUCACAGCGGGCCUUGUUAUCCCUGCACUCGAACUGAUGUGAUUCAGUGCAGAUGUGGAAGCAACAAAAUCACAGUUCCCUGUGGAUCUGUUAAGAGAAUCAAGCCUCCGACUUGCAACAAGCGUUGCAAAAUUCCUCCAAUUUGUCAUCAUCCGAAACGAGAGUCGCACAAAUGCCACCAGGGUUAUUGUCCACCUUGCAAGAAAAUUUGUGGAUUGACUCAUAAGAGAUGUGGACAUACUUGUCCUGCGACAUGUCAUACCAAAGUUUGGAUGAAGGUAAAGAUUAAUGGAGUUAAUGCUCAGCCGACUGCACCUUGGGACAUUUGCAGAAAGGAGCAAUGGAAACUGCAGACACUUCCUUGUCCUCCUUGUGAGGUUUCGGUGAUGGUCACUUGUUUAGGAGGACAUGAGACUUUACCCUGGCCUUGUCAUAAAGCGGUUUCUAAUUCCUGUUUGAGAGAAUGUGGCAGAUUGUUGGCUUGUACGAAUCACAACUGUGAGAAGCUUUGUCAUAAAGUGGAUUUGGGAGAAGAUGGGAGUGAAGAGGAUAGGUGUAUGGAGUGUGAGAAGCCCUGUGCUUUUCCUAGACCAGAAGGAUGUACCCAUCCUUGUCUUAAGGCAUGUCAUCCAGCUCCUUGUGCUCCUUGUAAGCAGCUGGUCAGAGUUGGAUGCCAUUGUGGAAUCAAUUUCCUGUAUAAGAGGUGUGCUGAACUCACUUCGGCAACAGAGAAACAAAAGGAGGAAAUGCUCAAGUGUGGGAAUCAGUGUCCGAAAAAUUAUCUCUGUGGUCAUCGCUGUAUCGACAUUUGCCAUCCAGGUCCCUGUUUAAAUGAAGAGUCAUGUAACAAGAAAGUUAAGCUUUUGUGUAAGUGUAAGCGACUUAAAAAGGAUUUUUCAUGUAUUCAGAUUCGCAAGGGUCAAGGCGUCGUCAAAUGUGACGACGUUUGUCGUCAGAAAAAGGAAGAAUUAGAACGUGCUCGCGAGAUCGAAAUAGAGAAAAAAAAUAAGGAGGAGGAACUUCGCAAUCAAAGGGAAAUAGAAAUGUUUGAAAAGAAAUUCAAACCUCGUCGUAAAAUCAAAGAUAAAUCGCACAACAACAAUAAAUCAAAAUCCGGUUCGAAAAACUGGAUAAAAUAUUCGUUAAUUGCCAUAAUUUUGGCGAUUGUAGCUUUUGCAAUAACAUAUUACAAUACUUAUGUUUAAAUUCUGAUCUGAUCAUUUUUACUUACUGAUUUCAAUGAUGAAACUACCUUUCUCAGAAGCAAAGUACAUGUAAAACAAUUAUUUCCAAGCAGAUAAUUUUUAAUUCCGUUGUGCUUUCUGAUAUUUUGAAACAGAUUUUUUUAAGACUGUGAUACUUCCCAUUGCUUAUAAGCAUUAGGUUAUCCAUUUUUCAUGCCAACUUUAGUUGCUAUGGGUGAUAAAACAUUGUAAAUAUAAAUAUUAAUAUAAUAUCACAGACCCUUGUAAAGGGUAGAAUUUGGGUGUAAAUCACGUUUUGAAUAUAUUUAGCACAAUUAUAAAUAUAUUUUUCUUAGUCUCGUACAAAGUCUUGAGUUAAAAAUUAAUUUCUAGUUUUUCUUCUUGAGAGUGUUCUUACAAACAGUCGUACAGUAAAAUAUAUUGAGAAAAACUCCAGCUGCGAUGAUAGUUAUUGUCAGCAUCAGAAUUAUGUACUCGACCCUGUUUUCAAAUGGCGUUCCGCAAAUCGUGUAAUAUUCUCCGAUUUUUCCAGACGGUUUUCCAUUCGGAAGACAAGAAAAAUUGAAGUAAGAUUCAUCGUAAUCAGUUACACAAAGAUAUUUUCUUUUGUACAAUGUUUGUCCAAAGGCAGUUUUUAUCGCCACUUUUUCCUCGCAUGGUCCAAUCGGUUCGUGUAAUCCUAUCGAUACUUCGGAACUUGGAUCCCCAAUUAGAGCCAUUCCUAAAUUAUUUGAAAUUUUUUUAGAGUUAUUGACUUUAAAUUCAAUUUAAUCCUGAGUAUUUGUGUAAACUCACCAAAGAAUAUUAAAUAGUAAAUGACUAAGUAGUUCAGAAGCAAAUAAUCUUUUAAACUCCUUGUGUGUUGAGGUAAUGUUUUUAAACUUAAGAUGCCUCUUAAUAUCAAGGCAACAAAUGCAGCCAGUAGGAGAUAAAAAGUUACUUCCGAAUGCAAAUUGUAUAUGUCGUGCAAAAGGUGGUAGUUUGGUAUAAAGAGUAUCACACCAGUGGGCAUUCCCAAAAGCGAGGCUAAUAGAGUGCAGAGUGAUUCUUUUAAAAACCUACGAGUGAUAAAGGCAAUUAUUUUCGUAGAGGCUCGUUUUAUUACAAGUCGUAGAAAUCGUCCCAUUAAAAAACUAUUUUUAGGCGAAACAUUUUUUAAUAACCACUUUAAAAUCUUGACCUUUCUCUUAUUUUUCUUAAAUUACAAAUUUCUUAACGGAUUCCAGUAUUUAAAAUAUAGUCAUAAAUUAAUCAAUAUUUUUCUGUAUUUUAAGACUUGUUCCGAUAUUCCAAGAGUAAAAAUAGUUUGUUCAGUACAAUAAUUUGAGACUGAUAAAUUAAUAUUUACGAUCCAGGCAUCCAUCUAUCCUUGCUUGAAAUUAAAAAUCGUCUGACGAAAUGAAACCAGAAAAUAAAAGCCGCAGCAAAAGUGGCAUGGAAGUAAAAAGAAUUCCAUGGUAUGUGAUAAUGCCGAUCGAAAAUAUUAGGAUCGGUAUCAUGCCACGUCCAAUGCACAAAUUUAACAGCCAUCAAAUCGUAAGGAUAAUCUAUUAAAACCACGAUUAAUCCAACAGCAAAAGGUUCACUCCAGGUUGGCAGUCUGAGUUUAUCGACAAAAAUCGCUGCGGUGUAGAUAAAUACAACAUCUAAAAAAUUCAGUACAGAUUUUAAUGAUUUUUUUAAGUGAGGAAUUUUUUAGAUUAGAAAUUUUGUAAUUCAGAAAUUUAGUAGAUCAGCAUCAGAAAUGUUCUAAACUAGAAGUAAAUAUAAAAGGGAAAAUAUAGGGCGGCAAAAAAAGAAAUAAUUCAUCGAUUAAAAUGUGCCUACAAACAAAUAUUAUGUGAAGUGGCAGACGACGUCCUAGGAAAAUAAUAGAGGUUUGUGAAUGCCAGAAACUGUCUAUAUCAGGAAGAUUGUAGCUCACGAUUUCUACAACUAAUCCGUGGCAAAUUAUCCCAAUCCAUAAGUGGGCAAAUCGACCUCCAGAUUUCAGAGCUGAAAACAAUGUUACGCGUGUAUUUUGUAUUUAGAGAGAUUGACCAAUGUUUGUGAAACUUGUGUGUAAUUGCAGUGUUUUUAGACUUUUUAGACUUUGAGAGUGUAGAUUUUAGACAGUCCAGAAAAAAUUAUAUCAAGUUGAGACCUCUUCCAAACUUUCUUUGCAUGAAACAAGUAUUAUUGUGUAUUAAUUGGGGUGGUUUUAAAUUUAAAUAGCGAAAAAUGUACACGUUGUCCAAUUUUUAAAUAAAUUUUUUUUCAAACUUGGACACUUUAAAUUGAUAGUUUUUUUUCUCAAAUGUAACUUUUUAAUGUCAGAAAUAUUUCACAAAGUGGGAAAAAUUUGAAGAGAGUGGAAUAAUAUUUUUUGGACUCUUAUAGUUUGUAUUACCAUGAUAAAAAGUGAGGAGACCGCCAACGAGAAAUAAUGUAGACACAAUUAGAUGUGUAGGUUGUGCUCUCCAUAGAGUGUGUACGUCAUUGUAAGCCACAAACCAGUCCCAAAACUUUAUAAAAAAAAGAAAUAAAAAAGUCAGAUAAUAUAAGGCAAAUUUAUUAAAUUUA